UUUUUUUUAAAAAGCACACAAUCUUUACCAUUACCGUCUCUCUCUAUCCAGUGGGGUGGCUUCAAUAUUUCAUUUCAUCACAACAUCAUCUUCAUCUCUAUAAAUCAAACUGUCAGAAAAACAAGAUACAAUUUUCAAAACACAACGUUUUAUCUCAAUCCCCAAAACCAAAACAGUAGCUUAAUUUGUGUCUGUCGAAAAAAGAAGAAUGAUGACGAAGCUCCAGCAACAGCAGCAGGGCACGCAGGAGGAGAACGGCGGCGGGGAUGGCGGACCCCGCACAGUCACGGUGGUGUCGACGUCGCCGGAGCAUCCGCCGCCGCGGCAGCUGAGCCUGUCGUUCCGCGGCGAGAGCUUCCGCGAGGAGGCCGCCGCCGGAGGGCUCUUCACCCCGCCCCUCAACUUCGCGAUGGUGGAUUACGGCGUUUUCCGGUCUGGCUUCCCGGAUUCGGACAACUUUCCGUUUCUUCAAACCCUCAAUCUCCGGUCCAUCAUUUACUUGUGCCCGGAGCCAUACCCGGAUGCUAACGUUGAGUUUCUUGAAUCAAAUGGGAUUCGGUUGUUCCAAUUUGGGAUCGAGGGAUAUAAGGAACCGUUUGUAAAUAUACCCGAGGAUAAAAUACGUGAAGCGCUGAAAAUCACCAUUGAUGCCAAGAACCGCCCUUUGUUGAUUCAUUGCAAACGAGGCAAGCACCGUACGGGCUGCCUUGUCGGGUGCCUGAGGAAACUUCAGAGUUGGUGUUUGACUUCUGUUUUUGACGAGUACCAACGAUUUGCAGCGGCCAAAGCAAGAAUUGCAGAUCAGAGGUUUAUAGAGCUGUUUGAUGUCUCGUUUUUCAAGAGUUCGCCUGACUCAUUUCCGGUUUUGAAGAGGUAUUAUUAUCAUCAGUAAAAUGCGAACGAAAAAAAAUUGAUCUUGAUUAUUUAUUCUCCGUGUAUCGAAUAAAUAAAAGAAGCUUGGGCAGAAGAGAGGUUGAUUGAGAUUAAUAUAAUGAGGGUGUUUGGAUUAUUGGAAUGUUGUACUGAAGUAAAAGUGGUUGAUUAUGUUAAAUUCAUGGUUAUUCUUUGUACUUGAGGGUUCCUAUUUGCAGGAAUCAGUAAUAACUAAUAAGAGAGUGUUCCUGUGUAAGUUUGUGAGUUUUGUUUUGUAUCUUUCGACAUUAAUGUUGAGAUGGUGGUCAUUGAAAGUUUGUAGUUAGUUGCUAUACUGUUUUGGAAUUUCAUAUAUUGGAG